UUUGGGCGCUCGGCUCUGCCACUUUGGUGAGAGCUACUACGUGUAAUGAAGGUUAAGAAGGUGCAAGAGAAAGGUGGAUGAAGAUGCUGGUGAAGCUCUGAUGCAACAGGGUUUGCGGAGGAUUUAGAAAUUCACCUGACGGUGCACCGAGCUGCCUGCUCCCCACACUAGCCUAGGUCCUGCUGCGGAGGGGCGAGUCCUCCCGCUUGACAGGUGGGAUGGGGGACCCAGUUCCCUCAUCUGCGGUGGCGCCAUCGCCCCAGUUCUGGCAGCUGACGGAGUGUCGCGGGCGCCGGUGUGGCUCGCCCAACAUCUUCCAAGGCGUGGGCGUGCGCCAGCUGCGGCGCCUCUUCCGGCUGUCAGGGGAUGGCAAGGCCUCACGGCGGGCGCAGCUUGUGUGGAGCCACAGCGACGGGAAGCAGCUGGCACGAGCUUUGGUUACGCUGAGGGCGCAGAGCCGCAGGGGUCACCCCCGCCCACCCAAGUGGCUCAGAGCUUUCAAUCAUCUCAGGAUUGGAGAGGUGUGUGCUGGGGCCCCUUCAGAGGACAGCAAGGUGCAUUUGGAGAAAGAACCCCUGCAAGAUGAUGGGCCAGAGCUCACCUCAUCAGGGCCAUCUGAAGGUGAGCAAGGCAUAGCAGCAGAUGACACGCAAGCAGAUACUGGACAGCCCCAGGAGGCCUUGCUUCGCUCGACAAGGAAUCGGCCCGGGGUCUCACGGGGAGCUGAGGAAGACAGGGACCCAGAAAGAUACCUCCACCAUGUCUUGCACUAAGUGGACCGAAUCACAACUGGCUGAGGGUGCUGAUGUCCCAUGUCGGCUACUACCUUACAGAAUAGGAUAGAGCUUCAUGUUCUGAACACGUUCAAAGCCUCAUCGUUCCUACAGCCACCUCAUACUGGCCAUCAGGUUCUUUCUCAGGUCCCAUUUUUCACAUGCAGCAUUUCUAUGCUGCCUUGUGUACAUGUGCCAGAGCAUUAACCGUCUGAGUCGCGUGGGGUCUUUCUAGAGAAGUUGGAACCAGUCACCACCAACAAGGCAGAACUUCUCCAUACUGCAAGACAACCCAUGAGGAAACUUGAUUGUCAACCUCACACCGCAUUUCUGAAGAAUUCAACACAGACUAUCUCACUGCAUUACCAAGUUUUGUACAGUCCUUGUGAAAUGCUAAGUUGCUACACCUCCUGGCAAGGGGGAGGAUGGUAAACAUGGAUUAGUGCUGAAGAUGUUACCAUGCUGUAGGCUAAGAGGUAUACACUAAGAUCUGAGGCCUAGAGUAAUGGUCUGAGAUGAGAAGUAGUUUAAGAAUCCAUUUGAGAAGUGAUUGCUAGCAGAAGGUUUUUACAGAGCUAAAAAGUUGAGGACUAUGUGAGAACCUCAGGGAGCUUUCACAAGUUCUGGUGUUGAAUUCGGAAACCUCACAUGACAAACCUUAUAGGGUGACAUCUCUGCUGUAGAACAUUACUCCACACUAACACUUCAUAUCAAAAAAGUACUGUGACAAAAGAUCAUGGCAGAGUGUGACAGCUGAGUUCUACAACCAUUCUCAUGUUGGCCAAGCAUCUUUAGGCCACCCUCCCAUUUUUCACAACAGGCUUAACUCUGAGGAGUUGGAGUGUAUCUGAGGAAAGCAGAUCUGCAUCCUCUUUCCAUGUAGCUGCAGGCAGGCUCAGGUCUAGAUUCACACUCAUGAGCUCCUGCAUCACUCCUACUACACUAAAUGGCAAUGGCCUUCCUUCAUAUCAGAGGCUGCCAGUGUUCCUACAGAGAAGCACAUGUGGGAGUUGGUACAGUGCUCUACUGCUCACCUCUUGGUUUGAUGUGGUCAUAGCUUGUUAACGUGAUAGAACUUAAACCUAUGAUUGAAAAAAAACCAAGAUAAAAAUGGACACUACUUCAUAAACUAACUCAUGGUAGCUACCGAAACUGAGCUGAUUGUGUAUUUUGUUUUACAUUUUAAAUAAAUUUUGUUUUACAAAAUUUAAAAAUUGCUUUCUGAAAAGCUCCAUUCCGUAAAGAUGAAAUCAUAUUCAGCCACAUGGCAAUCCAUUAAUCACACGGAU